UUUGGGCGGGAGUCUGUCUCUCUGGACCCCUAAAAGGGUUCAGAAGAGAGUCGGGAGUAAGAGGCCGGACGCCUAGGUCUCCCGAGCGUCUCUCGGUCCCCACCCGGGGCUUUCCCCACCUCCUCGAGGGGAAGCAGCUGCAGGCCCCACGAGAGCCCACUACCGCCUCCCCAAACCCGAUACCACUUGGGCUCUCUAUUUUCUUCCAGUACAUUGGAAAGGGGAGUUUUACGGUAUUUCCUUUCUCCUUCAACAAGCUCUAGGCACCCUCUUCCAAAACCCAAAACUCAAUUCUACUGACGUCACGCUGCUGGUUGGCGGGCAACCUCUAAGAGCACACAAGGCAGUUCUUAUCGCCUGCAGUGGCUUCUUCUAUUCAAUUUUCCGAGGUCGAGCAGGAGUCGGAGUGGAUGUACUCUCUCUGCCUGGGGGGCCAGAAGCCAGGGGCUUUGCCCCUCUUCUGGAUUUUAUGUAUACUUCAAGGCUUCAACUCUCUCCAGCCACUGCACCAGCUGUUCUUUUGGCUGCCACCUAUCUGCAGAUGGAACAUGUAGUCCAGGCAUGCCACCGCUUCAUCCAAGGCAGCUAUGAACCUCUAGGCAUCUCCCUGAGACCCCUGGAGGCAGAACCCCCAAGACCCCCAACAGUCCCUCCACCAGGCAGUCCCAGGCGCUCAGAAGGACACCCAGAUCCACCUACUGAAUCUCGAAGCUGCAGUCAAGGCUCCCCCAGUCCAGCCAGUCCAGAUCCCAAGGCCUGCAACUGGAAAAAGUACAAAUUUAUUGUGCUAAAUUCUCAGACUUCACAAGCAGGGAGCCUGGUUGGGGAGAGCUCUGGUCAACCUUGCCCCCAAGCCAGGCUCCCUAGUGGAGAUGAAGCCUCCAGCAACAGCAGCAGCAGCGAAGAAGGACCCACACCUGGUCUCCAGAGCAGACUAUCUCUAGCUACUACCAGUGCACAAUUCAAAUGUGGACCUCCAGCAAAUGCCCCCUACCUCUUAACACCCCUGGCUCAAGAGACUUCUGGAUCAACUUCUAAGCGAGCUCACCCAACACCAGGAGGUGAGUUUUUCAGCUGCCAGAACUGUGAGGCUGUGGCUGGGUGCUCAUCGGGGCUGGACCCCUUAACUCCGGGGGACGAGGACAAGCCUUAUAAAUGCCAGCUGUGCCGAUCUGCCUUCCGCUAUAAGGGCAACCUGGCUAGUCACCGCACAGUGCACACAGGGGAAAAGCCCUACCGCUGCUCCAUCUGCGGAGCACGUUUUAACCGACCAGCUAAUCUAAAAACGCACAGCCGCAUCCAUUCUGGAGAGAAACCGUACAAGUGUGAGACGUGUGGCUCGCGUUUUGUUCAGGUGGCACACCUACGCGCACACGUGCUGAUCCACACCGGAGAGAAGCCCUAUCCGUGUCCCACCUGCGGGACUCGCUUCCGCCACCUACAGACCCUCAAAAGCCACGUUCGCAUCCAUACAGGAGAGAAGCCAUACCACUGCGACCCCUGCGGCCUGCAUUUUCGGCACAAGAGUCAACUACGGCUGCACCUGCGUCAGAAACACGGGGCUGCUACCAACACUAAAGUGCGCUACCACAUCCUGGGGAGCCCAUAGCGGAGUCCCCCACCCGAACCACACUUGCUCCUUGGGGGCAGCAAAAGCUGCAGGCCCAGGCUUGGCUUCCCUGAAGGUCUUGAUACAGGAGUGUGAUAGGCCACUCUGGUAUCAGAACCUUCUGUCACCUUAAUUUCCUACUGGGGAGAGCAGGGGUGGCAGAUCCUGGCUAGAUCUGCCUCUGUUUUGCUGGUCAAAACCUCUUCCUUAUAAUCCAGAUUGGGUAACUAGUGGCUGGGGAAAAGGAGAGACACAAGGCACUUAACUUCUUCAAGGAACUGCCCCUACCCCCCCCCCAUUUCAAAUGGUUUAUCUGUAAAUAUAAUUUAUUAAGGCCUAUGGGUGGCACCAGGGUCUUCGUUCUGUUUGCAUUGCCGACUUUCCUCUUCCACAAGUGUGAUCAAAAGUGACCCGAAACGUAGGUGAGGGCACUGCUCUGCUGGCAGAGCUUCUUAGCACUUGGCUGUCUCCCUUGGCUUGAGCAUUGCACAUUGUUUUUGUUGUAACUUUUCUCUCUGGAAUCGUCCUUUUUCUGUUUGUUUGCUUGUUGGUUUGUCCCUUCAAUUCUAGGACUGCGACCUUUAGUUUUCCUAGGGCAAACCCUGAGAACCUGUAAGGUUAGGUAAGGAAUCCUCUCUGGUAUUCUGGAUGGUGCAAGUCCUGCAGCAGGCUAGACAUGGAAAGAAACUUUGCAGCUCUCUGUGGCUGAUGGGGACUUUUUGAUGAACACAAAAUGUAAAUAAUAAAUUCCUCCUGCAGGCUGGUGAAAUGGGGACUGGAUUCCUCAUCAUUCUAAAUGGAGGUGGGUUAGUCUUUCCUGCAAAAGGCAUAGCAUCUAAACUGUCCCAUUGAUCUACCCACCUGUGUUUGAAUGUACUGUGUUCAUCUCUCAGACAGAACCUGUGAAGCCUCUAAGCUGAGCCCGUGAUCCUCCCACUGGGGCUGAGUUAGUAUGUCCAUGGAGAGCUGAAGAUUUGUACCAGAGAUUAUAGGCCCUGUUCUUAUCUGUCCAGUUUCUAAGAAUGUUUUGACCUGGGGAGAAUUAAUGACAUUCCUUACCUUGACUACGAGUCUGACCCAUUCUUUACUGCAUGAGCAGCUGGAUUUGAAUGUUCCUUGGGGUUUAGUAUAUAUACCCUUUGUCUUCAAAUGUGUUUUUUGUUUUGUUUUGGUUUUGGACAGCUUCUGGAAAGUGUCCAGAUUCCAGAACUUUCAUCUUUCAUGGGUGCUUGGUAAUUUUCUUACAUGAGUAUCUGGGUCUGUGACUCAGUCUUCCUUCCCCCACUACAUUCCUGUCUUCGACCAGUGAAUAUACUUGGACUUUACAUGGGAAGAUGAAGGGGGCUGAAUUCCAUGCUGGAUUUGUUGUCAUUGGGGAUUGUUGCUGGAGUCACAAGCUUCAAGGCUUUAAAAGACUGGUUGCUGGAUUGGCCAAAUGCCCCUUUCUAUGUGAACAGUCGCCAGAUAGUGUGUGAGGUUAGCUGAGGGCUGCAGUUUUUGGUGUAGGCCACGUUGAUAAAAAUGUUAUGGAUGGAGUUCCCUGGUUAGAUGGAGUGUCUGGAAUGUUAGAUGAUAUUUGGGAGCCUUGAUUUAUAGUCCUGGUACCUAUUUGCUGCCCUGGGACCUAUUUGAUGAUAGGACUUGGGUAUGAAGGUUUGAAUUUGUAAGGCAGAGCUUCCAGAAUUAAGGCCGUCAGCUGGGGACUGGUGAGAAACCCUUUCUUCCACUUUCCCUUUUACUCCCCUGUCACCUGAAUGGAAAAUUGAAGAGGGGGAGCAGAGGAGAGACUGAAAAGGUAUUGUGGUUUCUGUCUAGAAGAUGGGUAUGUGGGAAGUGCUGGGUGAGACGAUGUUAGAUCCUUGGAAUA